UUAUAACCUAAGUUUGGGAAAAAUAUUAUUACAAUAAUUUGUCUCUUAUACAAUAUCUCUGUUUGCUAAACUAAUAAUGUCUAAUGAAAUUUUGCACGAUGAGGCAUCUACAGAAGUACUAAAUUUUCUAAAGGCUAAUGUACCGAAAACAAGCUUAGCAAACAUCGAAAGUGAUCUGCGUAAAGAUUUUUUACUUGCAAAGAAACGAAGCAAAGAUCAUAAAAAAAGGACAAAGAAACGAAAAUUACAAACACUAACACGAGAUCAAAAACGAGCCCUUGGCUUUUACAACUUUUCGAGGCAAAGUGUAAAGUACUGCGACGUCUUACCACUAAACGAAAUUUGGACUGAGUAUAUAACUGAAGUUCUUGAACUAGAAAAAGUUCAAUUAGAUUUUACUGGUAAAAGUUGGGAACAGUUGUCACAAUCAUUCUAUCGAGCUGAUUUUCAUGGCAGUAUAUUGCAUGUAGUCCGUUCCAGGUGUCCAAGCUAUGUAGGAAAGUCUGGAGUCUGUAUAAUGGAUACUAAAAAUACAUUUAAGUUAGUUUCCAAAAACGAUGUCAUCACAACUAUACCUAAAAAAGAAUGUGUCUUUGAAAUAAAAUUGAAAAAUAAUUUAGUACUAUUGUAUGGUAAACAUUUAUGUACAAGACCUGCUGAGAGAUCUGUUAAAAAAAUAAAAUCCCACAUUCAUCCUGAUUUAUAAAAUAGAACUUUAAAGAAAAUUUAA